AUGAACAUGCCCACAAGCCUCCAACCCGGUAGUGAAGAUGCCGAUCAGACAAGCCCUGAAAGCAAAUUCGCCACCCAGUCUGACGGAAUAUUGUAUUCUAGACCCCUAGAUGGACUGCCAGAGUCAGUCAGCUACUCCGCCGAGCGGCAUGUCUGCGCUCCCUCACUGAUUGGCACCUUCUGUUCUCAGUCGUUCUGA